GCGGCCAUUUUCUCUCGUCUCGUCUUCUCGUCCCCUAAAAUGAGAAACCUAGUACUGCUGCUAUAGAAGUCAAGUCACUCGACUCGCCCGCGUGCCCAACCAAUCACACGGCCGCGCUCGAGACGAGAGGCGCCCACGGAAACGGAGCCUCCUAUGCCACCGGGCGCCGCGGCUGUCGCCGCCACCUCGCAACAGGCCGACUGCUGCGGACACGGGCCCGGGCCCGGGCCCAGCUGGCGCGGUGGCGGCGGCUGCGAUGUCCCCGGCGGCGCGUCCUGCAGCUACCUGCCGCUGCGCAAGCGGCUGUCCGUUGACGGCAAGUUCCCGGCGCCGCGGAUAUGCAUCUGGGAGUGCGACGGCGAGGCCGGGGACAUCACCUGCGAUAUCGUCGCCGCUCCGAUCCGCCGCAGCUGCAGCGCGAGGGCAAUGCCGCCGCCGCCGGCGGCCUCGCUCUUCCGCCGGAUGAUGACCCCGCCGCCCUCGCGGCCCAGGCCGCCGCAGAGGGAGGUGGAGGAUGCUGUGGCGGCUAGGAGGCCCGGGGAGACCAUCUCCAAGGGCCACCGGAGCUACGGUCUCAUGCUUAACCUGCAGCUUGGCGUAAGCUAUUCGGUGGGGAAGUCAUCGGCGCUGCCGUUCAGGAAGCUCUCGUCAUCAGACUUCGACCCGCGGGAGAAGGUGUGGACGCGGUUCCCGCCAGAGGGGUCCAAGCUCACGCCGCCGCAUCACUCCGUGGAUUUCCGGUGGAAGGACUACUGCCCCGCAGUAUUCAGGCACCUGAGGAAGCUGUUCGGGGUGGAUCCUGCGGACUACAUGCUCGCCAUCUGCGGGAGCGACACGCUUCGCGAGCUGGCGUCACCAGGCAAGAGUGGGAGCUGCUUCUUCGUUACACAGGACGAUAGAUUCAUGAUUAAAACCGUGAAGAAGGCAGAAAUGAAGGUCCUAAUUAGGAUGCUGAGGAGUUACUAUGAACAUGUUUGUCGGUACAAGUCCACUUUGUUGACAAGGUUCUAUGGCACACAUUGCAUCAAGCAAGCUGGAUGUCCCAAGGUCCGGUUCAUUAUAAUGGGCAAUUUUUGCUGCUCGGAGUAUAAGAUCCAUAGACGUUUUGAUUUGAAAGGCUCAUCACAUGGUCGUACUAUUGAUAAGGCGGAAGAGAAGAUCGAUGAAGCAACUACUCUAAAGGACCUGGACCUUGAUUAUGCAUUCCACCUACAGAGAUUUUGGUAUGACGAGCUGAUGAGGCAAAUUCAGAUGGACUGCACAUUCUUAGAGACACAAGGAAUUAUGGACUACAGCUUGUUGCUAGGAGUUCACUUUCGUGAUGAUUUCUCAAUGUCUAAAAUAGGUGUAUCUCAGUUUAUUGGUUUGCCAAAAUCCACAGGCAAAAGAAAAUCAUUUGAAGGUGGAGGCGAUGUUUGUGAGCUUUGCUUUACGGAAUCUGGAUGCAAGGACAGAGAUUUCAUUGUUGACUCUCGGAAACCACUGGUCCAGUUAGGCAAGAACAUGCCUGCCCAGGCAGAGCGGAGGUCGAAGAGAGUCCUGGAUAAGUUUCUCCUAAACGAAAGACACUUGUUUAUAACCACAUCAAGUGGCGGAUUCCAGGAUGUCUAUCUCUUCUUUGGAAUAAUUGACAUUCUACAAGACUACGACAUAACCAAGAAGCUCGAGCAUGCAUACAAGUCCUUUCAGGUCAACCCUGGUUGCAUUUCUGCCGUAGACCCAAAGUUGUACUCGAGAAGAUUCCAAGAGUUCAGUCGCAGAGUGUUCAUCAGAGAACAUUAAAGAACAAUUUGUCCAGCGGGUGACUGCUCCACUGGCAUUUUACAUCAUGGGAUCCAUUGGUGAAGUCCUGGGGUAUGAUGGUUUCACCGAUCCCGAGCGUGCCCUGGAACAGUGGAAAGGAUGGUCGGUUUACCCGACGCAUAGUUUUCUGAAUAAUUGGCGUCGAGGGAGGAGGAGCACUGCCGACACGCAUGCUAAUGCUGAAAGGAUGCGAGCUAAAACUGUAGAGCUUUGCCUUUUCAAGGACUUGUAAAAUGUAAGUGCCGGCUCCAUGAUUGCGGAGCACAUACCCAAACCUUGCUGUUUGUUU